AUGGCGCCUCGGCUGAAAGACGGAAACGGGUUCAAUGACCCCGACCUUGGCGGCGCCGACGCAAGUUGGUGGAGGGUUAAAAUAUCGUUAGCCGGGAGCCCGCCUUGGGACCUUGAAGCCAAGGUUCAGUGGCGGGUGCUAGCAGCAAGGAGGGAGGAAAACUGGCCCGCCCCUCAAGAAGUUCGCAAGUGGCGGGAAGAAGCACGAGAGGUGCUCUAUGAAAAAUGGUCGGAGCGUCUGGAGAUCCCGGGAGCUAGCCGGGACCUGGUGGCCGCUGUUCGGCCCGUUCUGAAAGAAUGGGUCGAACGCAAGCACGGUGUACCCUCCUUCCACCUCACACAGCUCCUGACGGGGCACGGCUGCUUCGGCUGGUACCUGCGUGAGAGGGUGGGAAGAGAGCCGACGACAGUGUGCCACCAUUGUGAUGGAAGAGCCGUGGACACGGCCCAACACACGCGCGAGAUAUGCCCUGCGUGGACGGAGCCUCGCGCUGCCCUGGCCGCGGCUGUGGGAAGAGACCUCUCACUGCCGGCGCUAAUACGCCGUAUGAUCAGCAGUGAGGAGGCAUGGGCGGCAGUGGCUUCCUUUAGCGUCACCGUUCUGACACAAAAGGAUGCCGCAGAACGAUCGCGCGAGGACGACGCGAACUCGCUUCCUCAGCGCCGAAGGAGGCCAGGUAGGCGGAGAAGAGCCUUCACAGCAAGGAUAAUGCCGCCUUAA